CUCCGAUCAUGAUGUGUCACUCGGAAAAGGUAAAUAAACUUUGAAGUAGCAUAACUGAAUUAUUAAAAAAUGGCCACUUCGUGGUCUGGUUUUUCGCUUGAAGAUCAGGCAAAAAUCAAAUCUGAAUUGGAUAUUAAACGUGAAGCAAAGAAUGAAACAGACAGUGCCUUGCAGACUGCCGACAUCAGCACCGAGAACAAGGAAGCAAAAUCAAUAGUGAUGCAGAAAAAAAACAAAGUCAACCCAAAGAAAACAUCACAUUCUACCAUAUCUUCCUGUCACACAAAUGAUCUCCCUAAUGAGGCUAUGUUAUCAGCUAAAGCCAAACAGGAAAAGGUGCCUGAAUCUCCAGUUCAUGUUAAACUAAGAAUUUCAGAAGAUAAACCUACCUCAUUUGAGAUCAUGGAAGCAGCACCUCUUGAAAAUGGCAUAAAUGAUCAAGGAAGUGAUGAAUCACAAAAUGCCAGUGAUGAAGGGCAUGAAUCAACUUGUUGCCAGCCUCCAAAUUCCACAUUGUCUGUGGAUUUGCUUCAAAAUGGAGGCAAAAAGGAUCCUGUUAACCUGGAUGAAUUUGAAAAGAAACAAAAGCUCAUUGAAGAACAAAAUCGUCUAAAAAAGCAGAUGCUGGCAAAAGCUUUGGCCCUUAGAAAAAUGAAGACUCAAGCUGAAGCACUGAAGAUACACCAAAUUCAAGAAGAGCUUUCCAAACUUGAUGCAAACUUGAGCAAUGAUGUUUGCAUUUUGAGAAGCCAUAUUGAAAUAGCAAGUGUGGAGCUGUCAGAAGCUGAGAAACGCUAUACGAAGGCUGAACGUGAAUUCGUCGAAGCUAAGCAGUUACUCUUCAACAAAAGAGAACGCAAAGAUCUAUUAACUGAGCAUCUCUGUACUAUUAUUGAGCAAAAUGAGAUGCGAAAAGCACAUCGUCUCACCGACUUGAUGAUUCAAUUAGACGACGAAGAUCAUCGAGCAGAAACACUACCUGCCGGUAACCGGCUCAUAGAUCCAGUGACGAUUGAUGAAGUUUGAAAUUACGAAUUAUGCAGCUUUAGGAAUCUCUUCACUAUGCGUGCCUUACUUAAAUUGCCUUUUAUAAUGAAUCAUAAUCAUUCACUAAUCAUUUCACCUGAAUGUUGUUGCUACUUUUUAUGACUUUAGGAUUUUAUUUGAUAUUUUUAAAUAUUAUUGAUUAUUGCACAUCUCACUUAACCAAAAAUACACAACGAACCAUUUACAGUAUUGGACUCUGAGGUUGAAGCACUCAGUUGUUAUUCCAAUGUUAAGGGAGAAAAUAUUGAAAAUAAAAAUUCACAGUCUAGAAUAAAUGCGAGCUGUUUCAUUGCAGAUCUAGGUCGAGCUUUCCCAGGUAUGCGUUAUUUAUGUACCUUUCUUGGAAACAAACUCAACUUUGAAGUUUAGAAUAGUUGGAAUGAGGAAAUCGAAUUCUUGGAUGAUGGGGAUGGGCUGCAUCUUUAAAGCGUAUGGGUAUGUUACUUUACUGUUUACUUCUCUGAUACCAUGGUGACCGAUCCCCACUGUGGUCUGGAUGUCAAGCGCAGCGUUAGUAACCAAACAUGGAAGGCCAAAGCUAAUAUUUAAUUCAAAAGCUCAUCGAAUAUGAAAGGUACGAUCAAAUGGAAUCAUCCACUAUCCUACCUAGUGGUCUUUGUUUUCGAUUCUGUUGAUGUCAACCAGCUGCUGUGUUUCCUGGGCAACCGACCGGGAAUGAGCGGCUAUUUAACGGCAGUGCGGGAGCGCAAAUUCAACAAUCUCGAUCUGACGUCCAAGAUAAACACACACAACUAUCCAAACUACGGUAUUCAUAUUGCUUGAAAUGGACCACAAAGACCAUCACCACCAUACUGUAGCUCAUGGAAAAAAGGGUCACGAACACACUGAUUCGAAGCACCAGGCUGAAGAAAACCAAGCUCCGCGUGCUGGUUUCCAGCUUGGUCAGACGGCGGCCGGCUUUGGGACCAACAAAACUUCUGAGCUUUCGACUUUCGCCAAUACGAAAGACUUCGAGGAUUUGGAAGCUGAAUCACGCAGCAACAGCGGACACGAUCAUGAAGAGCACGGUGAGCACGACCACGAAGAUGACAAAGAAGACCACCACGCUAAAAAAUAAAACAAGCGGCCCAUUGGUGAUCUUCGCAAUCAUCUUUUGAAUCAUUUUUGGCUGUAUGUGCUGAAAUUUAUUGAAUGUUUAUAGUUUUCGAAAAAAAUUUGUUUGCUUCUAUAUAUCUCACUUAUUUGUCGUUGCUUAUUAAUCAACCAUUGAUUUUGCUUGUAGUUGUGUUUUAAUUGGUCCUAUUUAGAAGCAUUGCACCCCUUGUUUCAUUCAUAAUUGGAAAAUAAAUUGGGAUUAACUCAGCAA